AAAAUAGCUACGUUCACAUUUAUAAUGUCAUGCUCAGAACAGCUUCAAUAUGCCAAUAUACAACACAAAUGUCCAUUUACGCACUGUGAAGCUAUUUUGAGCGGACACUUCUAUGGUACAGUUCACAACUGGCGUAGCGCUCUUCCGAUUCUUCACUUCGACUAUCAAAACUUCAAGCACACCAACGAAUUUCUGAUUAAGGGUUUCAAAUUGAUUCGAGGACAGAGCUUCGGUACAGAAACCGAAGAAUGUGACAACCAGUCAGCUUAUUGUUACAAUAUGACCGUUAAUGCAGCCGUUAUUAUCAAUGUGGCGAAAGCUGGCUGCUCAUAUUACAGAUGCAUGUUUGCGCGCAAUACAUGUCGCAGCACCUCGUUCCAAGGAAUACCAGCUAGCUUUUGCUGCUGUGACGAAGAUUUAUGCAAUGUAGCCAUAAAUGUUUAUGCUAUCUCUCAUAGUGAUCGUGAGCAGAUUCGUUCAGUUUUCUAA